UUAAUCUUAGAUUCUAAAGAACUGAUGUUCUCACAAUCCUUCUUCUUGUUCUGAUAGACGAUUCUUGCGAGCAUGUAAAUUUUAACUUUCCGUCAUCCAUGGAAUCAUUACUUGAAAAUUGGAUCCUUAAUAGCUAGCUUUGCAACGAAAUCCAGUCAAAGAGCACAUUGCGAAUUUGAUGAAUGAUGGAAAUUCAGGCAAGACAUUAAGUUCGGAAUUAGGAAAGGCCUUGAAAGCCUUAGCCGUAGCAAUGAAGACGAUGACUGAUCCAUCAAACUCAUCCCAACUCUACCAAAACCCCGCCAAAUCUGCCAUUAACAAUCUAAAUAGAUUUGAGAUCAUUGAAUCGACUGUAAAGCCAUUGAUAGAAGUUGAAGAUGAAAAAGAACAAAAACCCCAUAUUAUUAUUACAGAUAGAGCAACAGAGAAUGAAGAUCAUUCCAUAUAUGAACGUGGAUAUGUAAAUUAAAAAUUGGAACCUUUUUAAAAUGGGGGUUUGGGUUUUCUUUUUUUCUUUUUUCUUUUUUUUUCUGCCGACUCUGUUUUGUUAAGAUGUUGAGAAGUUGUUUUGUCGAGGAAAGAAUCUUUGAAGAUAAAGUAGGUUUGUUGUAUUAAUGUAACAAACUUGAUUACGUAAUGUAAUGAAUGUUCAAUCCAAUGAGGUUUACAAUUCAUCGAAAAUUGAACCAACUCAUUCCAACACACUCUGAUUUUUUCAGUGCGGCCCCCGAGACCAACCCCAUGCUCAAGAGGGCACAAUCGUAAGUUUGUCUCUUUCUCUUUCCCUUUACGCUUCUCAAUCGGACUUCCCCAUUUCAGCAUUUCAUUUUGGGAGAAAAAACAACCACGACUCUGUUCCCUUCCGCAGAAACCAGAUAUGGGGCUUCUUUCCAACAGAGUUAAUCGGGAGAGCUUGAAACCGGGUGAUCAUAUCUACUCUUGGAGAGCCGCUUAUAUCUAUGCCCAUCAUGGCAUCUAUGUGGGAGAUGGCAGAGUUAUUCAUUUUACCAGAAGAGGUCAAGAAGUAGGAACCGGGACCGUGCUUGAUGUCUUACUCGUAAGUUCAGGACCUGCUCGAUCCUUCGUGCCAUGCGCUACCUGUGUUCCUCUAGAAGAAGGGAAUGGAGUUGUUUCCUCAUGCUUGAACUGUUUUCUUGCGGGUGGAGUGUUGUAUCGUUUCAAGUAUGGUGUUAGUCCCGCUCUUUUUCUGGCCAAAGCUCGAGGUGGAACUUGCACCCUUGCAAGCUCUGAUUCAGAUGAUCUUGUGGUCCAUCGAGCAAAAUACCUACUCGACAAUGGCUUUGGAUGCUAUAAUGUAUUCAAAAACAAUUGUGAAGAUUUUGCAAUAUACUGCAAAACUGGACUACUUGUGGUUGAUGAAAGGACCAUGGGACAAAGUGGGCAAGCAGUUUCAAUCAUCGGGGGACCUCUGGCAGCGGUUCUUUCAACACCACUGCGUCUUGUGACAACCAAUAUCUAUGGAAUGGCAGCAACAGCCGUUGGGGUGUACUGUGCCAGUAGAUAUGCUGCUGAUAUUGGGAUGAGAAAGGAUGUGAUGAAGAUACCUGUGGAAGAUUUGACCCAAAGGCUGGCCACCGGCCUUAUCCAGGUGGUUGAACCUCAGAUUUUAUCUGCAACGGUGCCGGAGCCUGACCUGCUUGCGAGCAGAUAAUUAUGGUACCAUCUGUUGUUGUUGUUGUUGUUGUGUACUUGAAAUAACUAAAAACAUACUGUUGUGAAAUGUAACUCUUGCAAACGAAAUAUUUGUGGUAAGUCAAGAACUUUGUUAUAGUAUAUUAUGGAAGGUCUUAAAAUUAUUAAGAAACACAUGGUCAAGUUAUAAGAGGA